UUUUUUUCUGUUUCUGUACAGAUUCUUCAUAUGAUUCUCCAGACAGCUCCCUUGCAAGCAUUAGUCCUGUGAUUGGUAAAUCAAAAAAGGACGUUCAAACCCGGCAGAGCUCCCCCGACGCAAACACAAGGACCCCCUCCUCUCCACCCACAAUCAAAACAAAUCCAGCACGCGUGCUUUUUCCCGCAGCAGUGACGUCACGAAGGCUCCUCCCCCCUUUCCUGCAAGUAAACAGAAAGCCGAGCAGGAACCGCUGGUGUCGGUGGACCGGAGCGUGUCAAAUGCGGGACGGUCGUGUCCGUCAGUGGGAGUGGACUCGGUUCUCCAGCUGUUCCACAAUGUUCUUGUGGAGUUAACAACAAACUCGUGGAACCGAGGCCAGUGGAGCUGCACUGGAGCGAUGAAGGGAGAGGCGGAAGUGAAGUCACUUGACAGACCGUCCAUGUUAUUAUUGUUAUUUUGGUAGCUGUGCGAUGAGACGAGCUGCGGCGAACGAACCACCGCUAACGACACCGCAGGACGAACCGCACCGACAGCAGCGUGUCCCGCACUGACCCACAGACAGGAGGCUCUGUAACGACAGGGAGGAGGAGAAAGAGGAGGCAGCAGCAGGAGGGUGUGAAGAUUCAGCUCGUACACUACGACCGUGCGAAAAAAAAUAAUAAACGGCGACAAACAAUUACGGCUUUUCGCCCAACGGCUUCGGCUCCGGUGCGUGUUUGUGCGGUUUGGAGAAGGGACGAACCGCCGUAGACAUGAACGGAAUCACCAAGGGCCGGUUCGAGGUGUUCUCCAACAGUGAUGAAGCCCCCAUCAACAAGAAGCUCCCCAAAGAGCUUCUUCUUAGAAUAUUCUCAUAUUUAGAUGUGGUAACGCUCUGUAGAUGUGCCCAAGUCUCCAAGGCGUGGAAUGUCCUGGCCCUCGAUGGAAGCAACUGGCAGAAGAUUGACUUGUUCAACUUCCAGACCGACAUAGAGGGCCGGGUGGUGGAGAACAUUUCCAAGCGUUGCGGAGGCUUCCUGAGGCAGCUGAGCCUCAGAGGCUGCCUCAGCGUCGGAGACGCUUCCAUGAAGACAUUUGCACAGAACUGCAGGAACAUCGAAGUGUUGAACUUGAACGGCUGCACCAAGAUCACAGACAGCACCUGCCUGAGCCUCAGCAAGUUUUGCGCCAAGCUCAAGCAUCUGGAUCUCACUUCCUGUGUGUCCGUCAGCAACCACUCCCUCAAGGCUCUCAGCGAUGGCUGCAAAAUGCUGGAGAUGUUGAACCUGUCGUGGUGUGACCAGAUCACACGUGACGGCAUUGAGGCUCUGGCGCGAGGCUGUGCCGGUUUACGAGCUCUGUUUCUCAGAGGCUGCACACAGCUGGACGACGGAGCGUUGAAACACCUUCAGAAACACUGCCCAGAACUCACAACCAUAAACAUUCAGUCUUGCAUACAAAUCACAGAUGACGGACUGGUCAGUCUGUGCCGAGGAUGCCACAAGCUGCAGAUUCUGUGUGUGUCGGGCUGCAGUAACAUCACUGAUGCCUCUCUAACUGCACUGGGACUCAACUGUCCCCAACUGAAAAUUCUUGAAGCUGCACGAUGCUCCCAGGUCACAGACGCUGGGUUCACAGUGUUGGCCAGGAAUUGUCACGAACUUGAAAAAAUGGACUUAGAAGAAUGUAUUUUGGUGACAGAUAACACCUUGGUUCAACUGUCCAUCCACUGCCCUCGUCUGCAGGCACUGUCCCUUUCCCACUGCGAGCUGAUCACAGAUGAUGGCAUCAGAGCUCUGAGCAGCAGCACCUGUGGCCAAGAGCGCCUCACUGUGGUGGAGCUGGACAAUUGCCCUCUCAUCACCGACGUUACCCUGGAGCACCUGAAGAGCUGCCAUCGCCUGGAGCGCAUAGAGCUCUACGACUGUCAGCAAGUCACCAGAGCUGGCAUCAAACGCAUUCGGGCCCACCUUCCAGAGAUCAAGGUCCACGCCUACUUUGCCCCAGUGACACCGCCUCCCUCCGUACAUGGAAGUGGCCAACGUCUGUGCCGUUGCUGCAUCAUCCUCUGACAGUGGAGGGCCAGGGGCGGCCACCUCUGUCUACAGGUCCUGCUGCUCUGAGGAUGUGUGCUGAAAAUGUCAUUUGAAGAGGAGGAAGACUGAAAGGAGGAGGAGGAGGAGGAGGAGAAAAAGGUGGAGGGUACUUGGAUUGUGGAGGGAGAGAGGAGGGGCUGGACCCACCCGCUGCUCCUGAUUCACUGAUCACCACUGAUCCCUGAUCAGUUGAACCCACCCCUCGUCUCCCCUCUCGUUCACCAGUCAGUGUUGCAGCGAAGAAACGUGGAAGAAAGGAUUCUCUCACUCUCUUUUUCCUGUCUGUGUUUCAGUCUCUUUCUGUCUGAGAACAAAACAGAUUCUUAAGUCUGCUUCUCACUCUCCCAGUCCCCCUGCCCUACCACACCUGAGUGGAUCGACAGGGUGGUAUGUGGGGAGGUGAAGGAGCAGAGCGGUGAACGGUGGAUGAAUAUGAAUGCUUCAUGUACAAACUCUUAAAAAAAAAGUAUGAUAUUGUCAUUUUGGACAACAGUACCCUUUAUCUGGAGUAUCAUCUCAACUAGUAACAUGACAACUCUGUGUGACCGUCCUGUGAUACAUUUUGCUUUGACCAAUAGAAACAAGGCAUGAUGGGAGAAGAGCUGUGCUGGUGGCGCUGCAGGACUUAAAAGAAUUGAAUAGGGAUCAGAGCCAAGAUUAGGACACAAGACAUUGACAAUAUAUGUGCAUCCAAGAAACUUCUGUUUAUACAAAGAAUGUUUUACAACAACAAAAAGAAAAAGAAAUUAAACUAUAAGCAAACUAACUUAA